UAGGAUGAUAUUUAAAUAUUCCAGAAACAUAGAUUGUUUUAAUGCUCUUUGUAUGCCAUAUGCCGGCAUAGUCUUUUGACUAGUAUUAGUACGGAUACGCGAAACCUUGGGGCGUUCUGUGAUUGAGUACUUUUUGUAAUGGCUUCGCUGGAUAGCCAGUUCAUCAUGUGUGGUACUUACAUAGAUCUUUGAACCUAGAUUUUUAUGAUGAUGUAAAGUCCUCAUUGAGGCAAUUUUCCCUAUGUUAUAUAUGGUGACCUUAUUGGUCUUUCGUGGCAAGUCAUUCCGCUAUGUUUUAUUUAUAUGUUCGCUUAAGUUUUAACAGGAGCAGAACUCGAUGAGUUAAAGAGUAACUAUAGAAAUGAUAGUAUGUCCUUAUUACAUUUUAAUGCGUUGACAACUUAUGUUUUGACCUAAUAGAAUGCCGCCAAAACGAGGACGACCAAGAGGAGGGGGCAGGAUUCCCCGAAAUGAAAGAAGAGACCCAGAAACAGUGCCAGAACCAGAACCCGAAAUAGUUCAACCACCUGUUCAGCCAGAACGACGGAUUGAAGAAUUAUUUUUGCGACAGAACCCACCUACUUUCAACGGGACAGGAGACCCGGCAGAAGCUGAAACUUGGGUUCGCGCUAUUGAACGCAUUUUCAACUUCCUGCGUUGCACCGACCAAGAACGCCUGACUUGUAUGUCCUUUCAGUUGACUGGGUCAGCUGAUUUCUGGUGGGAAGCAAGGAUGAAAACAAUGACAGCAGAGCAGUUAGAAAAUCUGACCUGGGAACAAUUCAAAGCCGGUAUAUAUGACAAGUAUAUACCCAAGAGCUACCGCAAGAAAAAGGAAGCUGAAUUUUACAAUCUGAAACAAGGGAAGAUGUCGGUAACUCAAUACGACAGGAUGUUCUGCGAUAUGUCUAGAUAUGCACCGGAACAAGUUGACACAGAUGAGAAGAUGGCUGAAAAGUUUUGUGCCGGUCUGAGGCACGAAAUUAGGAUGGCUUUGGCAAGCCACGGAGGAUUGUCUUACACUGAGUCGCUCAGCCGAGCAUUAGACAUUGAAGCAGCCAUGCCAGGAGAAAGACCUGCAACUGUACCUACGCCAGCACCUUCACAUGAUCAGAAUCAUAAUCAAAAUUUUAGAGGAAAGAGGAGAUGGGACAACAGUAACCCGAACCAAGGUGAGAAGAGGCCAUGGCAGGGACGGGUUUUCCAGUCACAGGGCUAUGGAGGCCAGAGUGCACCGAAACAGAUGGGAAAUGACCAACAGAGGGCCCCACAUUGUCCCAAAUGUAACAAAAAUCAUGUGGGAAUCUGUAAGGCCGGCAGUGAUAGUUGCUAUAUCUGUAACCAGAAGGGGCACUAUGCAAACCGGUGCCCGAAUAAGCAACAUGGAACGGGUUCAAGGCCAAACCCACCUAUCCAGGCUCCACCUCUGCGAGCAAUUCAAGCUUUGCCCCAAUCAUACCCAAGGCAGCAACCACAGUAUCAGCAGCCACAACAGCACCAACAGCUACAGUACCAACCCCAACCUCAACAACCAUAUCAGCAACAGGCCCGCCAACAACAGCAGCGACAACAGAAACAACAUGAAAAACCUCGUCAUGCUAGAGCCUAUGCUAUGAGGCAGAAGCAGCCCGAGAACAACCAGGGAAACCUGGCAGGUAUGGGCAUGCUACUCAAUACUCCUGUUGUACUUCUAUUUGAUACGGGCGCAUCACAUACUUUCAUUUCAAGUACAUGUGUUGACACAUUAAAACUUAAAAUGGAAAGAGCUGACCAAGAGUUGAGUAUAUCAUCACCUAUAGGAGGGAUGACGACAGUAGAUCAUGUGUGCUUGAACCUAGAACUGAACAUAGGGUCACACAAGAUUGUAGUGAACAACUCGUAUGUUAUUCCAAUGGGAGAUGUGGACAUAAUCCUAGGAAUGGACUGGCUAGCCGAGAACUAUGCCACCAUCCUUUGUAACGAAAGACGGAUAUCGUUUCGACCCCCAGGAAGGGAGCCGUCACAUUUCCACGGAAUUAGUAUGGGAAGAAGAAAGAUGAUCAUCUCCGCCCUACAAGCAACGAAAAUGAUGAAGAAGGGAUACCCAGCUUACCUCGUAUAUUUGCACGGAGAACUGGGUACUGAAAAGAGUAUAGAAGAUGUAGCAAUUGUACGGGACUUUUCAGAUGUAUUUCCAGAGAUUCUGCCAGGGCCACCACCGGACAGACCAAUUGAGUUUACCAUUGAUUUGGAGCCCGGGGCAGCUCCCAUUUCGAAGGCACCAUACCGGAUGGCUCCUAAAGAGUUGGAAGAACUCAAGAUACAACUGCAAGAACUUUUGGAACUUGGAUUCAUUAGGCCAAGUGUAUCACCUUGGGGUGCACCUGUACUUUUUGUGAAGAAAAAGGAUGGCACAUUGAGAAUGUGCAUAGACUAUAGGGAACUGAACAAAGUGACACUGAAGAACAAAUAUCCUUUACCAAGGAUAGAUGACCUCUUCGACCAGCUCAAGGGAGCAAGCGUGUUCUCGAAGAUUGAUUUGCGGUCUGGUUAUCACCAGCUGAAAAUUCGACCAGAAGACGUACCUAAGACGGCAUUUCGAACUAGGUAUGGCCACUACGAAUUUGUAGUUGUGCCAUUCGGGCUAACUAAUGCGCCAGCCGUGUUCAUGGACCUCAUGAAUCGAGUGUUCCAUCCGUAUUUAGACAAAUUUGUCUUGGUAUUCAUAGAUGACAUCCUGAUCUACUCGAAGAACGAUAAAGACCAUGAGGAACAUCUGAGAAUUGUUCUAGAAACGUUGAGGACAGAGCGCCUUUAUGCCAAAUUCAGCAAGUGUGAGUUU